CAUUUAUCCCUUAUUUUAAAUUUUAGAAAUUUUUUAAAAAUGAUACCUUUUUAAUUCUUAUUUUUUUAAUAAUAUUAAUUCUUGAAUAUGGGUCAAUUAGGGUUUGAAGAGAGUUGCAAAUCUAUCAAAAUUGGUGUCACUUUUUGCAAAGAAAUUGCUGCCAUUUUACAAGAGAGCGCAAUUACUCUUUAUCGCUAUAUGAAACAGCAGAGCUAUGCUUGGACUAUCUCAUCCCAUCUAAUUGGGUUAAGAAAUUUGGGGGUAACCUAUGAGAUGAGCCCAUCCACAGUUCUUGGGCAGGCUGCAGUUACCUGUGCGCGCAAGAGGCGACCUACGGGAAAUAAGAAGAGAGAGAAAAGCCCGUACCCGAUUAAGUCUAACCUAGAAUCUCAUUACCACAAAAAUCUCUCCAAAUUAGCCAUCAAGAUGAGUCGAACAGUACAAACCCAUCAGGAGCAAUCUAAGCUUACUCACUGUAAAACCCUCUCUAAAAAUGCUUCCAUUGAUGAUAAAAAAUCAAAACAAUCGAAGGAUAAAUACGGUCAAAUUAGGAAAUCAUUCAGGCUCAAGAAAGAUAAAAGGCAGACCAUCAAUGUUGAAAAGAAUUCCAUAUUUUUCGCUUGGGAAGUCAUAUGCCAAGAAAUGGAUGAAGAGUCCCAAAUUCACAAAAAUAUAAGUGUGACUUUGAACGAAGAUAUAGUCAAGCCGUUGAUCAAUUUAUCUAAAAUUCACUCCGAUUUACGCAAAACGAUUGAAAGCGAUGUUGAAAAAACCUGUAAACUAUAUGAAGAAGCCAGGUCCGAUGAGAUCAAGAACAAAGUAGCCAGUUUUGAAAAUCACAAACAAGUCGAAAAAUUGAAGGAAAAUAUUGAAGCUCUCACGAAGAAAAAUUCUGAAGCCUUUAAAUCCGUUCCAAACGCCGCAUCCUCUCCAGCCGAAAAAGAAAUUUUUAAGCUGGAAGAAAAAAUGACUAGAAUCUUAGAUAAUUGCAAAAAAUUUGACCACUCAUACCACGAUUCCUGCAUAAGUUCCGAAAAUUUUCGCCAGGACAAAGAGUUCGCCUUAUCAACCUCGAAGCACAAACUCAAACACAUGGAAAGCGAUAGGCUUACUUUCUCCGUUGAUAUAUUAUCUAAAUAUUUAGCGCUUAUGACCAGUUUACCCGACAAAAUGCAUAAGAUUUUAGAUAACAUAUCCCAAAGCAUAAUACAAGUCAACAAACAAGCAGCUAUUACGAAUAAUGGACAAUCUUAUCUUAACGUCGAUUCGCCCAAUGACGGCUGUUCCCUUAGCUCUUCAUCCUCUAUGAGCUCGUCGAUAAAUUCAUUGCGAUCAGAUUGCAGCAAUGCUACCUCGUUCGUUCAACAGAACUUGUUCGAUUUUUACGCUGAAGAUCUAUCGAAUCCUAUGAACAAAGAAAGGCGCAAACAACUCUUAGAUAGACAUCUAGUCAUACUCAGACAUGACCUGGAAAAGCAUAAAGCUGCUAAAGAAAGUGUUGAUGCUUUAGUCAAAAUGUAUUCUCAUCAAAUCAACGAUGCACGUUCACCCGAUCCUAAUAUAGCCCAAUCAUCAGCUAAGGAAAUACGUCGAAAGUUCUUGAGUUGCCAUCACACUUACAACCAUUUACAAGCCAGUUAUAACAAGGUUAACAAAGUAUUGGCUCAAUUGAACAAUCAAAUAUGCCUCGAAGAUCCUCGCGGAAAAUAUAUCGAAACUUUUAAAGAUAGCAAAAACGGCAUAACUAAUUCUACUCUCAAAAUACCGUCAUGGGAUGAAGAAGUUGGGUUAGCCGAAUUCGAAAAAUGUUUAAAACCUAUACUGGAAUCGUUGAAUAGGAAUCAACAUAAUCCUAGUCACUUGCCCCAUAAUACUUCCCCCAAUUCAUUCCAGCCUGAAGAGGAGGACUAUCAGUCGAAAACAGAUAAAAAUGGGUCGCAAGUUAUGCAAAAUGCUAAAAACGGUCACCAAAAUCGCGAAAAAGACGAGAAAACCAAUCUUAAAGGCUGUGGCUUGACUUUUUCCGGGAUUGGAAAGAAUUUGUUCGGUAAAGCCCAAAAUAAAUCUCCCAAAACCGAUGCUGCUACUCACAGUCCCAAAUCAAACAAAUCCACACCCCCUCCUCCAUCUCAGCCAGCUAAAUUGACCUACAUCUCCUCUUCGCCUGCUCAUACUGAUCAACAGUCACCUCCUUCGCUCUACCCAUCUGUUCAUACUGAUAAUUGUCGGUAUAAUGACUAUGAAAACAAGCGAAAUGUACCAUCGCCCCCAUUGAGGAAUCAUUAUCGCGGAAAUAUUCUUGGGAAUUUUGAUCGAGAUGUGCCGGUCAGGAACAACAGGCCCUUCAGUUACAUAGAUCCUCCGCCUUACAAUCACGAUCAUUCCUCGGCCAAGGAAAGAAUCAACCACGAUGAUUUUGUCCGCCCUUUGAAUAACGCUGGUAAUAAGGUGUGCAUUGUCAAAUACGAAUACACGGCCAAUAAGUCGGAUGAGUUAUCAAUUAAACCCGGCGACAUACUCGAGAUAUACAAUAAACAACACGAUGGCUGGUGGAAGGGUCAGCGGAUUGUUCCUUGGGGUAACCAUACAGGAAUAUUCCCGUCCACAUACGUCCAAGAACUAAUGUCUCAUAACGAGAGCAAAGCUUACAAAAAUCAGAAUUUCAAUUCAAAUAGUCACGAUCACAACUUAGUUGAUUAUAAAUUAUCGAAUAAUAAUCGUAUGAGUACCAGCUAUAAAUAUGACCUGGUGCCUACGGCUCCUAAUCAUUAAAUCAAGAUACGCCGAAGAAUUUAUGGAAUAUUAUUGAAAAAUAUUAAAGAUUGGUGGAUGGUUUAGAAAAAUAUUGGCCUAAUGACACAAUCGUUUUACUCACAAAUUAAUCUCGUUUAAAUUACUUAUAUCAAUACAUUAUAAAAUUUUGAUCAACAUUAUAUGAGCGCUUUAUUAGAUAAAUCAUUUUUUUAAACAAAAAAAAUAGUUAAUUAUUUCAAAGCAAUAAUAGUCCUUGAAUUUUAUUUAAUCGCUUGUAUUUUUUUUUAAAUAUUAAAUAAUCAUCUUACCAUUUUAGAAAAUUGAUUUAUAACAACCCAUCUUAUUUAUUUGUUUUUUCUUUUAAUCUCUUAAAAUUUAUAGUAAUUCGUAACUACUAUGUUUUUUUAACCUUAUGUCCAAAGUUGAUUUUUAAAAAAUAAGGUAUCCAGAUACUAUUGUCCUUGUUUAUUUUUUUACAAAGGAGAAUUAAAUCGUAAUAUAUUGUCACUUUAAGAACGCCUUUGAACAUAGCCUAAUUAUACUAGUUUCAAGAUCAAUUUAUACAUAUCUAAAAAAAUUUAUUAAUUAUUAGUAUUCAUUCAGU